UCCUCCGUGAACCAGAUGGAUGAGUGUAAGAAUUUGCUGUCGAGCCUAAAAGAUGCUCUUAAAAAUGAACAGUUCGACUCUGUAAAUGGAAUUAAUUUGCUGACAAUCGAUGUUUUAGAGAAGGUGAGGCGAGCAUACUUUCAAGGUGUAAUGGAUGAGAAUUGCGUUGAUUCGUUCGCUGACUUGCAACUUACUGCCGGUGGGAAGAGCAAAAGAGACCAUAGCUUGAGACCUAUCAGAAGUCCUACCACAGUCACUUUUAUUAAAAUGGCAGCAGUUAACGACGAGAGACAGGGACAAAGCAGAAGAAAAAUUGCGCUUAUAACUGGAAUUACAGGGCAGGAUGGUUCUUAUCUUGCGGAGCUUCUUCUAGAGAAGGAUUAUGAGGUCCAUGGUAUCAUUAGAAGAUCAAGCUCAUUUAAUACUGCUAGGAUUGAACAUCUUCACAAAGAUCGCGUGAAUCAUCAAGGAGGAGACCUCCAUUUGCACUACGGGGAUACUACUGACAUGACGUCAUUGCUGAAGAUCAUCUCAAAGGUACGACCAGAUGAAGUAUACCACUUAGCGGCACAGAGUCAUGUGAAGGUUUCUUUUGAGUUGUCAGAAUAUACUGCAAAUGUUGAUGCGAUGGGGACAUUAAAAAUUCUAGAAGCUAUUAAAGAAUGUGGACUCAUCACAAAGACACGUUUUUAUCAGGCAUCAACCAGCGAACUCUAUGGAUCUACGAAACAAUGUCCGCAGGAUGAAAUGACACCUUUUCAUCCGCGAUCACCAUACGGAGUUGCCAAAUUAUACGCACAUUGGAUCGUUAUAAAUUAUAGAGAGGCCUAUGGAUUAUUUGCAUGCAAUGGGAUACUGUUUAAUCACGAAAGUCCAAGAAGAGGUGAAACGUUUGUAACAAGAAAAAUAACUCGCUCGGUUGCCAAGAUUUCGCUUGGACUACAGGAAGAGCUUAUACUGGGAAAUCUUGAUGCAGUACGAGAUUGGGGACAUGCUAAAGAUUACGUGAAGGCCAUGUGGCUGAUGCUUCAACAGAGCACACCCGAUGAUUUCGUCGUAGCUACAGGGGAAGCUCAUACGGUUAGAGAAUUCGUGGAACAUGCGUUCAGACACACUGGGAUAGAAAUUGAGUGGGCUGGCAAAGGCCUAUUCGAAGUUGGAAAAGAUAAACACACUGGGAAGGUGAUGGUGAAAGUCAGCGAUCGUUAUUAUCGGCCGUCUGAAGUGGAUCGGCUGCAAGGAUCUCCUAAAAAAGCACAAAAGAUCCUUGGAUGGCGACGAGAGAUUGAAUUUGAGGAUCUGGUAAAAGAAAUGGUUGAAAAAGAUCUGCAGCUGAUGAAGUCAAAUCCAAACGCCUGAACAUUUGUCCGAUCUCUUAUGUUGUUUCAAUUUGCCUCAUGUUUAUAAUACUAUUGUAUAUGGUUUUAACAUUCCUUCAAUUUUCACAAUAUUUAAGGACCUUUUUUCAUGAAUAGUUGCUAUAUUUUUGCAAGGA